AUAACCUUAUGCCUUGAUGAAUAAAUAUCAUUUCCAUGAAAAAAAUGGAGAAGAAGGUCACAAUGAUGAUCCAACUGGUGGGUACACCUCGCAGGGAUUUUGCAAAUUCACCCACGAGGUACACAUGAACAAUGUUCUGAAGUUUUUCAAAAACAAAAAAGUUCAGAAGUUGCUUGUCAAAAUUACUGAUAUAGUCUGUCCAAGCAAUUACCCUUUUUGGUGCUAGGUCUACUGAUUUUCUAAUCGGGGAAGAAGCAGGGGGGAAUUGCAAAAGAGAGCUCCACGUUCGCUCGCCCCGUCCGUGAAGAGCCAUGGCGGCCGCGGCCACGAUCCUCGAGUUGGACCCUUCACACGAGCGCGCCGGCCGCGUCAUCGACGACAUCAUGCGGCUGGAGAAGAGGAUCUUCCCGAAGCACGAGUCGCUGGCGCGCUCGUUCCACGACGAGCUCAAGCGCCGGAACACCGGCCUGAUCUACUCGACGUCCGGCGUCGGCGACGACGAGGAGGUCGCCGGCUACGCCAUGUACACCUGCGCCACCUCCCUCUGCGCCUCCAUCACCAAACUCGCCGUGAAGGAGAGCUGCCGGAGGCAGGGCCUCGGCGAGGCGCUCCUGCAGGCCGCCGUCGAGAAGUGCCGGAGGAGGCGGGUCCAGCGGGUGUCCCUCCACGUCGACCCGGCGAGGACGGCCGCGGUGGCGCUUUACCGGAAGGCCGGGUUCCAGGUGGACGCCACCAUCGAGGGCUACUACUCCGCACAGAGGAAUGCUUACCGGAUGUACAUGGAUCUCUAGAAAUCAUCAGGAUCGGAGCAUCAAGGCUUCUUCACUCCGCCGAUUGUGCUGUUGUUGAGUUCAAAUUGUUUUCUUCUUCUUCUGAAUUUACAUGAGAGUUGAACUUAUUUACUGUGAAAUGUCUGCGCUCCAAAUGGCCCCAAAUAACAGUAUCUCGGUAAAAAUCUGCGGAUGUAUUGCUCAUUUAUGAUGUUGCAGUUUCA